AGUUGCCUCGACGAUAUGGGCUGUUCGUGCAAAAAUGAAAUACUCCAUAUACAGAGUGAGGUAUUGUGCAGGCAGUGGUCCACGUGCGAUUCAAUGCUCUCGAGUCUCUCGCUUUGGAAGUAGAAACGACCGUCAGUCGCGCUCGUCCGUCGUAGUCGGAGACAUCCGCGAAGUCGUAGACGAAUGUGAUCGCCGAAAGGGAAUCGUUGAAAAUCGAAUGCCAAAAAGGCAACUACCGACUACCACGAAUAACGAACGUAACCUGAGAAACAAUGCCACGAGGAGAAGCGAGAAACAGACAAGGGAAAAACUUGGUUCGCGUAAAGGACUAAAUGAAAGAAACGAUAAGAAAAAGAAAGAAGGAAAAAAAAGGCGUAGAUUAGUGAGAGAGAAGAAAGUGAUAGGAGGGAAGACUAUGCGCUACUGGCGAACGAUGAACAGAUAGCCGAUAGACGAGAAUUUUUUGUUCCAGCGAUGGGAACACUCUGUGUUUCGCGGAGAUUGAAUCAUUUUUCUGGCUGAAAGUCCCUGGCAGGAAGCAGGAAGGAUCUGGUGAACACCAUAAAUUUACAAGAUCGAAGACAAUAGGAUAUUUCAACGACGCUAGGCUCCGUGGUAGUUCGAGGCCGUCACUGGUUGGCGCCAUCUAGCAAGGCGAGCGACCGAAAGAGAAAGAAAUUCUCCGCGGGAUCGCGACGCCAGGAUCUGAAGAGGGACGAGGGAUCACGAGGGAAGGACAGAGCGGCCGCCGGUGGAAAGGAGACGGAGCAAGAUCGUCGUAGCUCCGCUUGCGCUCUCAGGCACAAACUACUCGACCACCAGCCAGCACGGAUCCGAAACCCUAUCUUCCGUUGUCUCUUGGGUUACUCGCUUCGUAGAGGCUCGUCGCCCCAAAAGUUCGCGCGAGACAACCCCGAGAACGCCUCUGGAUCCUUUGCGUCGUUGGAUCCAUCCAACGCGAGUCCAUCAGAUUCUGAUCGGAGUCCGUUCGAUCCAUUGAAAGACUGAUCCAGACAGGGCAAUGACUGUCGUCGUCGUCAUUGUUGCCUCGCCGUCACGUUUACGCAGGGCUUGCCUCCUCACACGGCAGCCCCUUGCACGACAAUGAACAGAAAUAACCAAGCAGACGAUUAGAUCGUAAAGAAAACAAAAACUGUCCGUAUCACGCUGUGACUUUAGACAGAGGCCCGUUCGGGAAACGACCCUCCAAACAGAGCUCUUGCUCCACACAAGCAAGUUGUUUCACAUCGAUUCGUUCGAACAUGUGCCGUUGCUCUCUGCCCACGAAACUUCGAGAUUUCGUAGGGUUCUCUCCGGUCGGCAGAGAGAACGUGAUCCUCGUGGAAAGGCCGGUUACUGUCGGUGUUUGUAGAUGUUGUUGAACAAAAAUCGGACGAUAGAUAUUCUUCGUUCGCGCGGGGAAGAAUAUGGACGAUCGCGAUAAAUCGUGGUGAACAUUGUGAAAGGAGGGAACAACGGAGAGAUCGCGUGGGCGGAAGGUGGAAGAUUCGCAGGAUGAAGAGGAUUGUCUGGACGGUGUGAUGCAAGUACACCUCGGCUGCUAACAGGCAUCGUGCACGUGCUGCGAGGAUCAUCGAUCAUUAGUCUUCGUCGAACAACUGGGGACCGAUGGGAUUCACCGCAUGGCAUCGUUGGAUCCAGUUGAUAAUUAACAGAAUGCAGUGGAGAAGAUGCGUCUUCUAGUCCUCGUCCUCGCGGGCUGCUUGAACGUUCUCAAGAUCGUCCGUUCUCAAGAGCUUUCGGUCAUCAGGCACUCCGAUGGAGAUAUUUUCACAUUGGAAGGUUCCUGUGCAGAGGCUUGCACGGUGCUCAGCAGCGGAACAGCCAGCCCUUAUACACGGAGUCCUUCGACCGCAGGACUCGUUCCUCCCAACAACACGUGCACCUGUCAGUGCAACCACGGCCUCCCCAUCUUCCGGGAGGAUCUUCACAUCUGCGUGAGUGAUAUUCACGAAUGCAACGUUGGUGGUUUCGUCAGCAACACAGGCCAGAUUGAAAGAGUACCGUAUGUGUUUCUACCGCAACGUGGCCAAAUAAUCUACCCCCAUGCGGAAAUUCAAUUCGAGGGUGUGACUACGCCAGUGUGUGGUAUAACCGGAGCUCAGCAAUUAGGGCGUGCAGGAUGGUCAGAAUUGAAGAACCUUUCGGACACCGAGCCACCCUUCAGGCUGUUCCGUGACGAAGGAAGAACGUUUCUUCAGUGGAUCGGCGAAACAGGAUUAAGAGCGGCAGCCGAAGGUCGAGUAGUGACGGCUAAACUCGUUUGCAGAGACGCCUCGCCAAAGUCGAAGCUUUCUGGUGUCUUCACCCCGUGUGUGGCUUUCAGAGUGGCCGGUUCACCAUCUAAGAGUAACGUUCGAGAAGUGAUGUUCUCUUCGACGACACAACUCUCCCAAGGCCUUUCCGCCACGGAAUACACGGCCAUUGGUCUCUCGUCCGUGAUCCUUGCCUUGAUCUACGUCGCCAGCGUAUCCUUGUACUUGCACAGCAAAAAGGCCAGAAGGAAAAUCGUCGAGGAGCCGGAAAUAAGUCUGACUCCUGGUCGAGAAGUCAGUGGAUUGGUGAAGAACAACCCUUUGCUCGCUGCCUCGAGACACUUUGAAAGCGAUACAAAUAGCGGUUUAACGGAGAGCGAUGUUGGCGAUGAUCUUCCACUGAGCGACGGUGAACAAGGAUUCGACAAUAUUACUUCAGCUAUCGUUCAUCCCCAUUGCAUUUACAUGGAACAGUCUGAGGGUUGCUUCGGGACUGGAUCGAUUUUAGGCGAAAGAUUACCAGAAGAGGACGUGCGGGUCGUGGAAACUGCGGAUAAUCCUCAACAACAGGAUAUUCCGGUGUUACCAGGCGCACAAAGAAGAAAGCUCUACUUCAAUCCUGCUUACUUCGACAGGCAAUUGUUACUCGCGCCCCCUCCAGCAGCCAUCGAGUUCCUUCUCAAGAUUCGAGAAGUUAUCUCUAUCGCGAAGCACAAAAUGGCAGCGAAGAGAUUCAUUCCUACUCUCGUCGGUAUCCCGGAGGAGGAAACGAACGCGGAACACUGCGAUACCACGAAGAAUCAGCAACAAUCAGCUUCGAAUUCGGCUCAGAGUUCCGUCACGAAGUUACGGAAAUCCCAACGAUGCACCGGGUGUCCAGGUUGCAGAGACUCGUUUAGGGACGCUCUCGCGCUUUCGGAGCCUAGCCAGCCAAGUCCAGGCGAGAGUAAAGUUCGAGCGUGGUUGGAGGACGUCAGAUCGUCGCCUCAGCGACGUUGGCGAGACGCCGAGGAAGCUCGGAAGACGCUCCAGGAAAAUACGAAAACGUUCAACAAGAACUUGGAGUACUUGAAAGAAUUAGCUAAACGAGAAUUCGACGCGAACGCGAAGGGUUCAACAGGGAGGCUUCUCUCCUCGUGGAAGGACAAUCCACCGAUGAUGAAAACGUUCCAAAACGUGGCGAGAAGCGAAAUCAUCGAGACGGACGAUCAACACAGUGUUUCGAAACGGUCGACCAAGUCAAUGUUCGAGGAGUCGAGCUAUUAUUCGUUGAAGAACGGUGAUUCUUUGCUCGGCAAUGGCAACGAUAUUGUCAAUGACAAAGUGAGGAAGGCCAUCGAGAAUUCGUUCAUUAAACAGAUGGAGGAGAACGUGGCGUUGGAAAAGGAAACAGUGGAGAGACCAGGAACCAGAAUGGAAAAGAAGAUCGCAGUUCCUGAGGACGAAUGUAAUAAAACGAAAGAAAAGGGCAACGCAAUGGAGGCUUCGCUCCAGAAACAAGCGAAUAAACGCAACGAGAAUUCGACACGAUCGAAGAAAGAGCUACCGGAUAUGAUCAACGAGCUUCCAAAUGCUAAGAACACAGCGAAACGUAUAAUGGACGCCGUGAUCCGCGAGAUGGUUGACGCGAAGGUGCUGGAACAUCAUUCGAGAUCAGAGAAUAUCGUGGAUUACGAAGUGGAUAGUCUAGAACGAUCCAAGUCCAGCCGAAAAUCCUCUACUUCGCCAGAAUCUACCGAUCAGUCGAGUCCAGCGUUGUCUACCGCUUUGCCAAUGGACGAGGAACUGACGAUGCAGAACGCGGUGAUUAACACCAAGACCGGUGAAAUGAUGAUGCCCAACAAACUGAACAAGGACAUUCCCGAGAAAGGCUAUUACAACAGUCUGCCCGAAUUAAUCUGUUCGCAAAAAUUGGAAAGUUAUUCGCUUGUCAGCGAGGUAUACGUGAACGACGGCUACGAUAGUCCAGCUUGCAGCGACGAUUCCGGGCCAGAGAUUCAAUACGAGCCCGAAAACCCUGGACAUUUAACCAUCAAGGUCCAAGAUUCGCCAAAGAACUACGUGAAACACGACGAGUCUGAAUACGAGCCCGACACAUUGGACAGAAAACCAAUGAAGCUGAAGAUCAACGACGACGUGAACUACGAGAAAGAUAUUCCCAACGAGAUUUACGUAGACUCCCUCGAAAGACCUGCUCAAAUCCUCCUUAAAAGCAAAGGCAGCUUCCGCGACCAAGACUCGUCAAAAAAUGGCCACUGUUUGCAACGUAACUACGGCAGCCUUCGAGAAAUAUACGAAGCUAGGUUGAAAUCGUAUCCCAGAGACUUGGCCAAUAGCAGUAAAUCGUUGAACGGCCAUUCAGAGGACUCGAUGUCUUGGAAGAAGUGUAAAUAUUUAACACCAGAGACCAGACAAUUGAAGAGGCAACGACAACCGAGCAACCAACCGGACGUGGUGCCAUUACCGCCUACGGAGGAUAUCUAUCAGCAUCCGAAACCUCCGCGUCGCGUAAAGGACGGGAAAUUAUUAUCGAGCUCUCUGUCAAAAAACGGCUGGGACAGGAGUCCUGCCGAAGCGGGUGACCCUACAACCAGCAACGGUGCUCCUGUCCCCUGUGAACACGUCCACGUAGGGACCACUUCGCCAUCUUGCUCCUGCAAGUCUCAACUGCAGCCCGAGGAAUCGACGACAAGGUGCAGACACCAAUUGGAAAGCCAAAUCCGAAGCAAUUCCACGCGAGGCAAAUCAAAAUCCAUUCCUUCUGCGUCGUGGAGCAACUCUCGUAGUUACAGAGAUAAAAGAAAAAUAUUCGACCAAUGCCACAAACAAGAUCACCAGAGGAGAAACAGCGAGUCUCAAGCUAGCAAGAAGCAUUGGUCGAGACCUUCCAGAAACGAAUCAACCAGCGAUUCCGCGAGUCGUAUAUCUGGCUGUCAGCAAUCACGAAUGAAAGUGGAAGAUAGCGGAUACUUGAGCAGCACGGACAGCAAUGGCUCGCACAAACAGUUGCUGAAACACGAGGUGAGCAGCGUAUCGGAAACCGACGAGACCGAAUCAGUCUGUGACGGGGCGAGCGAAAGCGGCGCCGAAAGCAUCGGAACGGACAGCGUUUUCUUUGGAAAUUUCCGCAAACUCUCAGGCGUAUCCAACUUUUCGAAGAGCAUCGAUUCAGGAGUGGAAAUCGGCACGAAGAACACAUACCUCCAACCAUUUUGUGUCAGAAACGAGAAUGGAGUUGUAGAGAGAGCAAACUUUAGCACCAGCGAUAGCGAGACUGAAAGUUUUAUAACAGUGCUUUUGCCGUAUGGACCUAAGGAGUCAAUUUAAUUAUGCAUGAGGAAACUAUUCAGUGAGGAAACUAUAUUGUUUUCUUAUUAUUUUGAAACAAAGUUAGUAAAGAAUAGAUGAUUAGAGUUGAUUAUAGUAUAAUUAAUUAUUGUACCUGUUUAGUGGUUGCAGUUGACGAUUGUGAUGGUAUAGAAUCUCUUUCAGCCUUGUUUCCUUUCUUUUUUCAAAGGCUAUAUAAAAAAAAAUGAAACUUGGAGAUACAGUAUUACACACGUUUGGAAUGAGUAAAAAUCAAAUAUUAAAAUAUUAAAUUGCCAUCUAUCUAGGUAGAUAUUUUCACAAAUGGCAAUCAGCAAUUCCUCCCACAAUAGACAUAUUUAAUAUCAUUUAAGGCCAGUACUUUCAUGUUAUUCCUUCACGGCAAUUACUUUAUUUUUUAUAAAAACCUUAAUUUUUAAGUAAGUAAUUUUUAACUAUGUUUUAAGUAGCUGUUUUUCUUUUCAUUUGAUUAAUUAAACGUGAUACACACAUCUAAAAGUUCGCCAAACGGGUAAAUGUAUAGUUUUGUAUUAAGUCUGAGUAAAGCUCAAGUAAAAAUAAUCUAUUUUGCAUUUACUAAUUUGCUAGCUUUCAAUUUACUUAUAUCAUAUGCUACAAAAAGAAUCAAUAACUUUAAGAAAAAGAUUCAUUUAAUCAUAUUCUAUAUAUCAUAUUUAUGUAAUUAGUUUAUAACAAAGAAAGAUAUACGGCCGACGAAAUAUGCAAAGAUUGCCAUGGUAAUAUAAUUUAAUAGUAUGUAAAACGGCCGGAAGUGCAAUAUUACCUUACAGAAAUAUAAUAGAUAGUUAAUUAUAUAGAUUACUUAUAUUCUUACUAGAAUACUGUAAUGUUACAAUUUAUAUUAUUACUUAUACAAUUUAUAAUUGCUAGUCGAUGCGAUAAUAAUUUCGUAAUUAAAAGAAAAUUUUUACA